GUCGCGCUGUGAGCAGCCUCGGUAUCACCGCAGCAGAGGUAAAGAGCUUUUUAUACAGAAGAGGCUGGUGCAAGCUGAGAAGUUGAACCAUCAUGUGGAAUGGUUCAAGAUCUGGCCCACGUGGGGGGAUGCCCUUUUGUGGGGAUCAACGUGGGGAGAUGUUUGAAGGAAGAAAUGGACCAAUGCCCGGGUUCAGGGGGCGAGAAGGAAUGAAUAUGGGGCAUCAGGAUCGACCACCCAUGGACAUGAGAAGAUGUGACUAUCCACCAGAUAUGGCAGGACGAAACAUGGGGCUUCUUGACAGAGGAAGAGACUCUCCUCGAGACUUCUUCAUGCCUGAAAAUGAACUAGAAUUUAGAAGGCGUUUAGAGAUGGAGCAAAAUGCACCUGGUUAUAUGGGUCAGGGUCGUCCACCUUUGGAUAUGGGUGGCAGGGACAUGCAAAUGAGGAACAUGAGAAACAUGCCUGAAGAUCAAUUCAUGGACAUGAGGGAGAGAGACAGAUUUCGAAUGGACAUGCCUGGUUUCAACAUGUCACCCAUGGAUAUUAGGAGAAGGUUUGCUAUGGAAUCUAUGGACCGAAAUGACCAUGCAAGAGAGAGGGAGCGGUCACAGAUGAGCAUGAAUGACAUUGAUGGAUUUAGUAUGGAUAUGCCUCCACGUGAAAGGCCAGUGGACUUGGAUAGAAGAGGUUGUGUCCCUCCUUUGAAUGCCAGAGGAAGGUUUGAAUCCGAUAUGGAUUUUAGGAAUCGAAUGGGCCCGUCAGGUGAUUUUAGGGAUCGCUCUCCUCAGAUGGUUCGUGGUAAUGAUGGCAUGAAUCUCAGGGGGAGACCAGAUUUGCCUCUAGAUCGGCCAGGUUCCGAGAAAGACAUGCUUAAAGUAGGCGAACCAACUCUUAGGGACAGAGAAUAUCCUGAACAAUCUGAUAACAGGGUUGGGUUUAGAGGACAGGAUAAAUCUCUCUCUGAGGAGUGGUGCAGGCGAAUGAAUAGAGGUCCAGCUUUACCCAGAGAGCCAAAGAAGCGAUUUCCACCUGGACAUGGAAAGGAAGGUGACUUAGGAGAACCGUCCCAAUUCAAAGAUCGAGAGAUUCUAGCUAAGGAUCGUGGAACUUUGGAGUUGCCUCGGUCAGAACGAGAGGGUCCUCCUGUCCAAAACUGGGACAAUGUUCAAACUGAUGUCCCAGGCAGAGAUCCAUCUCACUCAGUCGCUCAGAAACUACCACUUUUGCCACUCAAUCCCAGUCUAAGUAUCCCAAGCAAAGACAAAGAAUGGCAACGCUGGUCAAGGGAUGAAAAGCCUGACAGCUCAGUACCAUCAGGGGGAAGGCAUCAGUUCUUUCCAGAAAAGAGCCUUCCAGUCAAGGAGAGUCAUUUCUCAGUUGAUCAAGGAAACUUUAAGGGAAAGGAUAUUCCUCUUGAUGAAAGUCAAAAGAAGGGUAAUCUUAUGCCAGGGCCGAGAGAUCCACAGAGUAACAGAGAAGGAAGACGGGACCAGGACUACGGAGACAUUGAUUACAGGACUAGUUCUGCACAGAAAUAUGACUAUGUCCUUGAGGAUCGUCCAGAACCUGAAAAGAGCAUGAAAGCACCCAAAUUAGCUCCACCUGAGAGAUCAAAUGCCUCUGGUUCUCAGGAUCAGGAUUACAGGAAUGCCAGUGUUAAGGAUAAGAUCUCAAAUACCAUUGCCAUUUCUGGAAUUCCUAAAACUGCUACAAUGCAACAGAUACUGGAUGCCUUUGCAGUUCGGGACGGAGUGCCAAUGCAAGGCAUGAAAAUAAGAGAUGUUGUUCCAGGUUACAGCUCCGAUACGGCCUAUGUGGAGUUUUUAAACAUCGAGGAUGCUGUCCACUUCAUGGAGUCCAACCAGGGUUCUGUUAGAGUUGGUAGUAAAACUGCCUUACUAAAGUACAUUCAAACUGACAGAAAUGCAAAAGAACCGAAUGAAGACCAACCCCAUAAAGCUAUCCCGUCUACCCAAGAUGGGCUCCUGCCAUUACCCACCCCUACAAAAGUGAAGGAGGAAUGUGGUGCCAAGACUCCGAAUGAUUCCCUUUCUCAGGGUGGGUGGCAGAGGAGUUCCACCUUGACACCUGAAGCCUGGCAGCAGCAGUUCGACAAGCAGCUACAGCAGCAGGAGACGGAGAAGCGGGCUGAGGAUUGGGCCCACCAAAAAGGCCCUCGGGCCAACCAGCAGUUCACUGAUCCAAUUUUUAGGGAAAGCAGAACAAUGAUCAUUAAGAACAUACUGCCCACCACUUCAGUGGAGACAAUCUUGCGGUCACUGGAUCCGUUUGCUUACCUCGAAGAACGUAACGUCCGACUUGUUAAAGGAAAGACGCCUGGAUCCAAAUGCUUUUGCUUUGUUGAUAUGGACUCGCAUGAGCAUGUGACGCGGUUGGUAGACCUGCUCACAAAACCUCGGCCAAUUAUGAUUGAUGGAGUUAGGGUGUAUGCAGAGGUAGCAAAACCUCUAAAGAACCAGAAUUACCGGCGAGACUCUGAUAAGUCAAAUGCAUCUCUCCUGGGUUACCCACCUGAUGUUACAGAGCAGCAACAGCAGUACUUCCAUCAGUCCCCUGCUGCCAUCCCAACUGCCACACAAGGCAUUGGUGUGCCUGCUGGUCCCAUGCAUACAGAUUCCUCCCAGGCUCACACCUCAUUACACAGUUCAAGCUUAAACCAAGGGGCGAUGUUUGCAGAGCUUCCAGCCAAAGCUGUACAGCAACAGACUGCAACUGUAACUGACACUUCUCACAUUGGCUCUGCUGGUGGCUCUGAGGACUAUAGCUAUGGUUCAGACAACCCAGAUUUGUCUGCCUUCCUGUACGAUGCUACGUCUGGCUUCUACUAUGACCCCCAGACCACCCUGUACUAUGACCCUAACUCAAGGUAUUUCUACAACGCUCAGACACAGCAGUACUUGUACUGGGACAGUACAUCAAAGAUCUAUAUACCAGUGGAGGGCGAAGGUUCAGGUAUAGAUGUUCAGAAACCGAUUGCUCCUUUGGAGGCUGGUGCUGAGAGUGCAGCAGCUGAGGAACUGAAAACGCCUUCAGAUGGAGCGCCAGAGCAGAGGGAGGAUGAGGAGGCGACUUCACGCUCUGAGAAGAAAGAAAAGGAGAAAGAGGAAAAACCCAGGAGCCUUGCAGCAUUUAAGAUUAUGAAAGACAUGGAGCGUUGGGCCAAGAUCCAGAAUCGGCAGAAGGACUGUGUGCGGGCUCCAUCUCCUGUCCUCAAGAGUGGAGCAGAGGAUAAGAAGGCUUCCAAAGCUGCUGAUGCAGCCUUCGCUGUAUUUGAGAGGAAGACUGGAGGAGAUGACUUGUUUAAAAAGCCUCUUGCUCCACCAAGGAAAGAAGAGAAGGGAUCCAAGAAGCCCAUGGGUUCUCUGGGCAUGUUAGCGGCUGACUAUGGGGCAGGAAGUGAUGAAGAGGAAGAAGAAAAACAUGAGAAACAUGAAGCACCUGUACCUGCCCCAACCGCCCCUGCUGUUAAGAGCCAACCAGAGCCCCAGGAGAAAGAAGACAAACUGACAGACUGGAAGAAAAUGGCCUGUCUGCUGUGCAGGAGACAGUUCCCCAGUAAAGAUGCACUGAUUCGGCAUCAACAACUCUCAGACCUGCACAAGCAAAAUAUGGAGAUUCACUUGAAGAUCAAAAAGUCGAAAAGGGAACUUGAAGCUUUGGAAAACCAGGAAAAAGAAAUGAACAUGAAAGAGAGUCACAGUCCACCUGAAGCAAAGAAACGGAAACAGCAAAACACAUGGCCGGGCAGUUCGAGGGACACACACAAAGGCAAUGAGAGACCAGGGUUAGGUCUGGAGACCACAGAGCGAAACAAAAAAGAAGCGGGUACCUGGAACUACGCCACCUAUAAGCAGGCUGUUCGGAAGGCUAUGUUUGCACGUUUUAAGGAGCUGGAAUGAUGAGAGAAAUAACUUAAUGCACACAGUUUAUGCCAGCAGCUCACAUUAGGCUUUUUCUGUGAGCUAACACAAUUCCUAGUGAAUCUCUGUUUUGUGUUAUCAUGCCUGUAAUAUAUAUAUAUAUUUUCUCAGUCCACAGUUCUGCUUUAAUUUUUAUUUUUAUUGUUUUUGUAGCCCGUCUUCAGGGCUUUAAAACUAUUUUAUUUUCCUUCCUUUGUAUCGUGUUUUUUAAUGAUUAAUGAGUUGUGCAUUUACAACUCCUGUAAAACUAUUGUAAUUGUAGUUAUCAGUAUUCUGUGAGUCAAUAAACUGACUGCCCUCAUCCGCA